UCUCUGGCAACGCAGCCCAUGAAUCCUGGUCGCCAUCAGUUGAUACACCAAACGAUUCAUGAUUUUGCGGGGGCGGUAGACAACGCCACCAUUCUUCCUGCUCCUAUUUCUACUCUUUUGAGUCUCAUCGACACCAACUACUACGUUGGCAGCACCCAUCCUUUCUGACUCUUAUCCCACUCCGUCCAGUCUUACCACACCUCUUCUGUGGAUCUCUCUCUCUCUCUCUAUCUUCGGGAAUUUCCCGCCUUGACUCAUAAUACCUAUAGCAUUCUUUAGGACCCUCCUACCACUCAUCCAUGGAGUGUCAAUAGUCUCACCCGCACCGUUUCACACUCGAUCUGUCCUCCUCAGUUCACCCUCUCGGCCGUUAUUGGAUUUUUAAAAGAUCUGGAGCUUGCCUGCUACUGGAAAUACAUCCCUUCAUCCGCCUGCUAGAGUGCAUGGCUGUUCCCAACUCGGUGGGAGAGGUCAACUCUCCCUCUCCACCGCAGAAACUCCGUCAGUAUCACCCCAGACUUGUAUUCUUUAUCCUUUCAUUGAACGGCUACUAAAUCCCGUAGAGAGUGUUCCAUCGCAGCCAGAAAACCCCUUUGCGCAAUUAGUUCCUGAACAGAACUUUGCCAUCGUACCCUCCUUUACCCUCGAAUCUGGCGUUACCUUGGUCAACGUACCUGUCGCCUACACCACCCGCGGUCAGCUGUCUGAGAACAAAGACAAUGUCCUCGUCAUAUGUCAUGCCCUAAGCGGCAGUGCCGAUGUCGCCGAUUGGUGGGGUCCCUUGAUGGGAGGCCCUGGCCAGGCCUUUGAUGUCACCAGGUUUUUUGUCAUUUGUCUCAACAGCUUGGGAAGUCCAUAUGGCAGUGCCAGCCCCGUGACCAACAAAGAUGGCAAUCCUGCCAACGAAAGAUACGGCCCCGAGUUUCCACUCACCACAAUCCGAGACGAUGUCAAUAUCCAUCGAAUAGUCCUCGACAGCUUGGGCGUCCGGCAGAUUGCCUGCGUCGUUGGCGGUUCCAUGGGUGGAAUGCUCACUCUCGAGUACGCAUACUUUGGUAAAGAUUAUGUCCGAGCCAUUGCCCCUAUUGCCACCUCGGCGACCCAUUCCGCCUGGGGCAUCAGCUGGGGCGAAGCCCAACGGCAAGCAAUCUAUUCCGAUCCCAAAUACGAGGACGGCUACUACUCGUUUAGCGAUCCGCCCUCGGCAGGGCUGGGAGCAGCUCGCAUGUCAGCCCUCUUAACCUAUCGAAGCAGAGAUUCCUUCGAAGCUCGCUUCGGCCGGAACACUCCCGAUCUAUCGAAGCGACCCUCAAUCAACCAAGGCCAACGUACCCCUCCAGGACAAAACCAUCAUUGGACCGUCCACAACGACGGCCACAUGCGAGCAAAAGGUUCUCGCGACAGUCGACCGCCUUCGAGAAAUGGCACCCCAACCCAAACAUCCAACGAUCAAGCCACAUUUGUCGACCCUCAGUUCACAGGUACCACGGAAUUUCCUGUACCUGUUGCUCCUACACUGUCCCGGAGCAACUCCCGCCCAACCAGCCACUACUACUCAGCCCAAUCCUACCUACGAUACCAGGGAAGUAAAUUUGUCACUCGAUUCGAUGCGAAUUGCUACAUCGCCAUCACGCGAAAGCUCGACACUCAUGACGUGUCUCGAGGCCGUGCUGCAAGUGUGGCGGAAGCUCUUGCCAUGAUUGAACAGCCGGCCCUGGUAUUGGGGAUUGAGUCUGACGGCCUAUUUACAUUUGCGGAGCAAGAGGAGUUGGCAACCCACAUCCCCAACGGACAGCUCAACAAGAUUGAGAGUCCCGAGGGACAUGAUGCGUUUCUAUUACAGUUUGAACAAGUCAACUCAUACCUCCUUAGCUUCUUCCGCCGAGUCCUGCCCGACAUCAUGGGUAAGCCUGGAAUCGGUGGUGAUACAAAUGGAGAUGCAGUGGAUCGAGUAGGCCACAUGACGAAGAGCAGUACUUUUGGUGAGGCUGAGGUGGGAGACUUGACGGCAUGGUAGUUUGUUGGCAGUGAUAUGGCCCACAGAGGCUCAAUGACAAGAAGAUCCAGAACCAAGUAUUUGUAAGGAAACCAGUUCAACUCUGGCCCUGCAAUUCGUGGUAAUCCUGGACUUUUUGCAAGAAUCCAGCACCGAAACAUCCACUAGAUGGAGCGUGUGCGUUUGUCUGCAUAUCGCCUACAGAGCAUAUGUAUUGUGUUUAUCUAUUGUCGCCGGUACCCAACGAGGGCCGCAUUCACAAUAUACCCAUAGGCUUGGAGAGAUUUGAGAAUGAAGAGAACCGAUCAACUUGACCA